CAUCUACAUUUCUCACUACUUCAUCUACAUUACUUCUUUUACAAUUUCAUCUUCAACAAAAUCUUCCAUUUUCAUCUACACCAACUCCCCAACAAUAUGUCUUUACUCACAAUGGGCGAAGCACACAGAGGAACAGUUGCAAACAUCGCGACAUACGUAAGUUUUUUCGUGUACUUCUUUUUUAUGUUUCAUCUCCACCAACCCCAUUUUAUUUUGAAAUACCGACUUAGUCAAGUGUUACAUUAUUUCUAUUAUAGGAUGUCUCAAGGUUUCGCACUCGAGUCCACGAAUUUGUCCCAAUGGACCCGAUGAUUCAACCUUAUGUUGAACUCGCCGGUUUUGGUCACCUUAGCAAAAUUAUGUCUUGGUCUAUAGAUAACAAAUUCAUUCUAGCCUUAUGCGAAAGAUGGAGGCCAGAGACACACACAUUUUGGUUUCCAACCGGUGAGUGUACCGUGACGUUAGAAGACGUCUACAUGCUUUUAGGACUACGAAUUGAAGGCAAAGCUGUUAAUGGUAAGACCAACUUUCCAAAUUCAAUUUGCAUGGAGCUUUUAAACGUUGAUUUGUUAGAUGAUAAUGCUAGGGGACAAGGUAUACUACUAUCACGCCUAAAGUCAUAUUAUAAUAGUUUUUAUUUAGAUGAGCAUUCUACCGAAGAUGCUCGAAUCAUCAAAACUAGGUGUUACAUUAUGUUGUUACUAGGAUCCUUUUUAUUUCCCGAAGGUAGUGGUUCUAGCAUGCAUAUUAUGUACUUACCUUUACUUAGACAUAUAGAUAGAAUAGGUAGUUAUAGUUGGGGAUCCGCAUGUCUAGCCUAUCUCUAUAGUUCUUUGUGCAAAAACUGCCACAAAGAUACUUCUACAUUUUCUGGAUGUGCUGUUUUGCUACAAGCAUGGGGAUGGUCAAGACUACCGUCUCUAGCACCGGUCAAUAGCAACCCCUUCACUUUUCCAUAUGCAAAAAAAUGGUCGGCACGCGGUAUGAAUUACAGUAGAUGUCCGAGACACUGUAUUACUCAAUAUCGCAACCUUUUGGAUCACCUUCGACCGGCAGACUUCAUUUGGCGUCCAUACCUUAAUAUGGAUCAUGAGCAUCAGAUCAACCCUGAAGACGCAGCCGUAUGGACAACAUGCACACCAAUAAUACGGUUCACAACAGUGGAGCUGCACAACACCGAUCGUGUGAAGCUGCAGUUUGGUAUGGUCCAGAAUAUCCCAGAUCCCCCAGCUAGCCUAGGAGAAUGGCAUAUGCGUAAAGUGAACGACCAAUGGAACUACAACCCUUGGCAACAAUUCGCAAGAUCAGAGUGUCGCAAGUGGAAGCACCGUCAUGACCAUGUCUUAACUGACGCAGUCAUGCCAAAUGAGGUAAAACCAAGUCGUACUUAUAUGGCUUGGUAUAGAUCAGUUGGAUUUCAAUUCAUCGCCGAUGAUAUGUACCUCUACGACCCACGCCAGACAAGUUACACACAAGAAGGCUCAACAUCUAACCCCCAACAACAUUCUCAGCCCGAUUACUCACAACCACCUAUCCGACAAACUUUCCGUUCCACAAACACACAAACAUACAACCAAAACAUGCCAUUCACCCAACCCCAAACCAAGAACAUCCCCCAUACCACCACCAACAAAUGGACCAUCAACCUUCGACCGAACAUCGCUUCGCACCCACACCAUCACCCUACCAAAGUCGCCUUACCCAAAACACUAACCGCCCCAUCACCUACCGUAGCCAAGAACCCCAAACAUCACAAUACCAAAACAUCCCACAACCAUAUCUCUUCCAAACACCCCAACAACCUUUCCAACCUUUCCUAGACCCAUCAUUGUCACCCAUGUCCCCCUUCAACCGUCCUGGUCGCCCAUCCAUGAGUCAACCACACCCCAACUUCUCUGGCAUGGGUCAUGAGCUCAGCUACGCCGGUACACCAUCAUUGAAUACUGAAGACUAUGCUGAGUUGGCUGAAUACCUCAACGGAUCUUCUCCUGUAGGCGGUAAUGACGCUCCUGGACCAUCAGAUGA